GGUUGCUGGUCUUACAUUCGCAUGUGCAAGUUCCUUCGCUACUUCUUCUACAAGAACUUUGCCUUCACCCUGGUCCAUUUCUGGUACUCCUUCUUCAGCGGAUUCUCCUCACAGGUUGCCUAUGAAGACUGGUUCAUUACUCUUUACAUCGUGUGCUACAGCAGUUUGCCUGUUCUCCUAGUGGGCCUGCUGGAUCAGGAUGUCGGUGACAAACUCAGUUUGAAGUUCCCCAAGCUUUACCUACCCGGCCAGCAGGGGUCCCUCUUCAACUACAAGAACUUCUUCAUCAGUCUGUGCCAUGGCAUCUUCACCUCGCUCAUCAUCUUCUUCAUUCCCUAUGGAGCGUUCCUGCAGACCAUGGGCCAGGAUGGGAAGGCCCCCUCUGACUACCAAUCAUUUGCUGUUGUCACCGCCUCCUCCCUCAUCAUCACUGUUAAUCUGCAGAUAUCCCUGGACACAUCCUACUGGACUUUUGUGAACUGUUUUGCUGUUUUGGGCAGUAUAGCGAUCUACUUUGGAAUCAUGUUUGACAUUCACAGUGCAGGAAUACAUGUCCUCUUCCCUUCAGCAUUCACAUUUACUGGUGUGGCCUCCAACGCCCUCAGGCAGCCGUACCUGUGGCUGACCAUCAUUCUGACCGUGGGCAUCAGCCUGCUCCCAGUCAUCUGCAUCCAGUUCCUCUACAAAACCUUACAGCCCUCUGUUGGAGAUAAGGUUCAGAGAAACAGGAGGAAGUAUGAAGCCGAGGAGGAAGAGAAGAAGAAGCCCACUCCGUUCCAGCGAGGCCGGCGCUCCCGUCGCUCGGCCUACGCCUUCUCCCACUCGCAGGGCUAUGCCGACCUCAUCGCCUCCGGCCGCAGCUUCCGCCAGAGGCCCCAGGGCCGGCGGAACCCACAGGAGAGCAUCCGCGAGGCCCCUCAGGCAGAGAACAUCUGAAGGCCGGCCCAGGCAUCACUGCACUAAAAGACUCACUAGAGACCGCCACUGGUUUUAAUGUUGUAUGCUAUGGAU